AUGACACUUGUCGUGACCCAGGGAUAGGCUGCAGUCUAUUUCUCAUAUAGGCUAAAGUACUGCUGUCACGUUGAAUAUUCACUGAGAGUGAAUCACAUGAAAUAAUGUGCUAAUUUCCUCUCUGCAGAGAAAGCGUGCCGUUUAAUGUGGCUCCAGGUAGUGCGAACACCCAAAUUAUGCCACUGUGGAGAGUGAGAAAACUGUGAUUGUAAAUCGCAGACAUGGGCGGAGGAAAUCGCCGUGGUGAUUAUUAUGGACGCGCCCGGUGUGUAUGUUUGCGCGUGUCAGUCGUGUAACACAAUCAUGUUAUAGAGCUCGUAAAUCGAGAGGACCGCCAGUGCAUCAACUACAUCGAUGUAUUGAUCUACUCUCGUGCCGAUAGAAAGGACGUUCAAUUUGUAUGCGAACACAUCGUGCCGCUGUAGCUAGAGGAGCGUCAAGAGAACAGAAGCAAGCAAGCAAUGACAGAUUUUGUUGACAACUAUUGCUGACAACUCACGAAGACAACUCACGAAGAUUACCGACAAGGACUAAAUACUUGCUUUUGAAAGUGGAUGAGACUGUCUGCCUGUCAUUUCCGUAGGACCACAAUAAGUACAGGUAACAACACAAUAACCUAUCGGUUAGAGCGUUGGGCCACAAACCGAGAGGUCGCUGGUUCGAAUACCUGAACUGACAAGGAGAGACCCGGGAGACAGCGGGCGCCAUGAGGCGGCGAGGAGGGCUUGAGAGAGAGGAGACAUCGCCCUUCAUCAUCCUCAGCAUCGGGCAGUGCAGGAAGUGCACACACUCGCCACAGAGACUGUCUAGCAAGAGACAGGCUAACAGCACCCGAAUCUGAGCGAGAGAAACCGGAGCGAGUGGCUUCAACAUCCAUUUAUUUAUCCUCAAUGGGCUCAAACUGGAUGGGACCAGACUUGGAAGUGACGAUGUCCAAGUUACCACAUGGUUCUAUAUUGGACCCUCCUUGUUAGACCUUCAAAACGACUCGCCCACCGCUGUGAGGCUUAGAACUGAGGGGCAGAGAGGGGAAAAAGAGAGAGAAGGAGAGUGAUAGAGAACGAGAGACACUCUGGGCCCCAUGCAGGCACGUAAGAAGUAUGUCCUGCUGGGGCUGUGUGCUUGCUGCUGGCUGCUGCUCUUCUACUGGGGAGGCGGGGUCCAGGUCCGUCUCUUCAAGCUGCUGGGGCGGCCGAGGGGCGAGGUGGUGCGUCCCUGGCCCAACUGGACUGACCGGGCCUUCCUGCCGGGCUAUGCCCAGCUGGAGGAACUCCAGACGGGGCCGGGUUCCGCCGAGUCCCCCAACCAGCGUCACCAAGCCUGGACGGGCAUCUAUAAAGACAGUCGCUGUCGCAUGGAGACCUGCUUCGACUUUACGAGAUGUCGACGUAGAGGGCGGGACGGGUUUAGAGUAUACGUCUACCCGUCGGAGAAGGGCGAACGCGUGUCGGAGAGCUAUCGGAAGAUACUGACGUCUAUAGGCGAGUCGCGGUACUACACCACGGACCCUCGCGAGGCGUGUCUCUUCGUUUUGGGGAUUGACACUUUGGACCGAGACCAGCUCUCGGGGCAGUUCGUGCCCAACCUGGACGAUCGUAUCAAAGGUUACCCGCUCUGGAACGAGGGACAGAACCACCUUGUCUUUAAUCUGUACUCGGGCACCUGGCCCAACUACAACGAGGACCUGGGCUUCAAUAUUGGCCAGGCCAUCCUGGCUAAAGCCAGCCUCAACACGGAACACUUCAGGCCCGGGUUCGACGUCUCCAUCCCCCUGUUCUCCAAGGAGCACCCCCAGAAGGGGGGUGAGAGGGGCUGGUUGGUGCGAAACACGGUGCCCCCACGCAGGAAGUACCUAUUGAUGUUCAAAGGGAAGCGGUAUCUAACGGGCAUCGGGUCGGACACCCGUAACGCCCUGCAUCACAUCCAUAAUGGGAAGGACAUCGUGUCCCUCACCACAUGCCGUCACGGGAAGGACUGGGAGAAACACAAAGACGCCCGCUGUGACCAUGACAACCUGGAGUAUGAAAAGUUUGAUUACCAGGAGCUGCUCCACAACUCCACCUUCUGCCUGGUUCCUCGGGGGCGUCGCCUGGGCUCCUUUCGCUUCCUAGAGUCUCUACAGGCGGCGUGUAUUCCGGUGUUGCUCAGUAAUGGUUGGGAGCUGCCCUUCUCUGAUGUCAUCCAGUGGAACCAGGCUGUCAUAGAAGGAGAUGAGCGAUUGCUACUGCAGGUCCCGUCUACAGUGCGUGCGGUGGGAAAUGAGCGGGUCCUAGCUCUGAGGCAGCGGACCCAGAUGCUGUGGGAGGCUUACUUCUCCUCCGUUGACAAGAUAGUCCUCACCACACUGGAGAUAAUCAAAGACCGGGUGUUCUCCCACAUCUCCAGAAAUAAGUACAUGUGGAACGCCUUACCAGGAGGCCUGCUCGUCCUGCCAGAGUACUCCACUCACUUAGCCCACUUCCCCUUCUACUACCUGAGCUUAGGGGUCAGUCCAGGUCAAGAGUUCACCGCCAUCAUCCAUGCCGUCUCUCCAUUGGUCUCCCAGUCUCAGCCAAUCAUGAAGCUGCUUCAGGUGGUCUCCAAGUCCAAAUACUGUUCACAGAUCAUCAUCCUGUGGAACAGUGAGAAGCCGCCGCCCCACAGGAGUAAAUGGCCACCCAUGCCUGUCCCCCUCACUGUGACAGACGGUAGGAGGAAGACCAGCAGUCGUUUCCUGCCCAACGUGGCCAUAGAGACAGAGGCAGUGCUGAGUCUGGAUGAAGAUACAGUCCUGCUGACCAGUGAGGUGAACUUUGCCUUCUUGGUGUGGAGGAGUUUUCCUGAGCGUAUCGUGGGCUACCCCCCUAGGAGUCACUUCUGGGACCCGGCGAAGCAUGCGUGGGGGUACACCUCCAAGUGGACUAACGAGUACUCCAUCGUUCUGACGGGAGCAGCCUUCUACCACAGGUACUAUCACUACCUGUUCUCCCACUACCUGCCCCCCUCACUGCGGGCACUGGUGGACCGCACUUCCAACUGUGAGGACAUCCUCAUGAACUUCCUGGUUUCCUCCGUCACCCACCUGCCACCAAUCAAAGUGGCCCAGAGGAAGCAGUACAAGGAGCUGCCCAGCCCACAGGUGAGGCGACACCCAUCGAUGGUGAAUUUGACCAAUGAGCUGCCCAACCCACAGGGCACGAAGAUGAGCGCUCCGUGGGCCAACCCAGAGCACUUUACCCAGAGACAGGAGUGUGUGAACAGCUUUGCCAGAUGGUUCGGCUAUAUGCCCCUGGUCCACUCCCAGUUCCGCCUGGACCCCCUGCUCUUCAAGGACCAGGUGUCUGUCCUGCGCAAGAAGUACAAGGACCUGGAACGUGCAUGACAGGGACCGAGACAGAAAACACUGUGUGGAGGCCUGGUGGUUCAAUGUAGACAGACCCUGGUGAUAAAAGGAGGGAGGGGACCUAAAGCUAAGAGAGACUCCGCCUCCAGGGGUCUGAGACAACAGGCUAUUCGAGGAGUAAACAUAUGAAGGAAGCCUUAUGUCCUCUGUGAUUGGUUCUCCAUCGAUGGGUGAAUGAACACUUGAAGAUGUCAUUCACUCCCAUUGCAGUUUGAAUGGGACAGAAUUUCAUAUCAAAGGAAGGCGCCGAGAGGAGUUAUUGGUGCAGUGCACUCCAGCUGGUGUAUUUCUACAGUACAUUGGCGAGUUGAGAAUGUCGCACAGCGAUUGGUUCAUUUCACAUCACGUAACUGUCAGACCAAUAAAAACAGUGCAAACGGC